AUUCUGCUCCAUUGUUACACUCCCAUUGUAAAGUGGAAGGGUUCCAUUAUACUGUAUUAGAACGCAACUGUGCUUUAGAACUAGAAGAGACUCCACUAUCAAGAUAAGAAAUGAUGGCCAACUAUAUAGACACACAUAUGCUGGGAUUCAGUCCAAUACUGUAUCAACACAGACAGGCUGGGAUUCAAUCCAAUACUGUAUUGACACACAUGGGCUGGGAUUCAGUCCAAUACUGUAUCAACACAGACAGGCUGGGAUUCAAUCCAAUACUGUAUCAACACAGACAGGCUGGGAUUCAGUCCAAUACUGUAUCAACACAGACAGGCUGGGAUUCAAUCCAAUACUGUAUUGACACACACAGCCUGGGAUUCAAUCAAAUUGUGUAUAGAAACACAUCGGCUGGGAUUCAAUCAAAUACUGUAUAGACACACAUAGGCUGGGAUUCAUUGGUCAGUCAGAAAAAUUGCUGACCAUGGCUUUGACCCUCCUCUCCGAAGAUGUCUCAGGGGGAGUUGGGAUAUGCAACAAACACAUUCAAAUUCCCACAAGUACACACUACUACAUACUACUACACACUACUACACACUACUACAAGAGUUAAAUAGGACAAAUAUAAUACUCUAGUCACCAUGCUAGUGAGCCUGACCUGAAUAAUCUCAUUUUGUCAUCAUCAUGUCAGGUAUCUACAGUUUCUCUUUCCCUGUUAGGAAACAUGACUAGACAUGUUGUCUUCAAAACAACAGGAAAUACAUUCCACACAGCUGGAAUGGCAAAAGACCAGAUAGGUAUCUAAAGAGAAAGAAUGAAAGAUGUGUCACAAAUGGCAUCAUGUUCCCUUUAUUGUAGUUCACUAUAAAGUGAACAGGGUGCCAUUUGGGAAGAAACCCACAUGUACCUCCUACAACGCAAGCGUCCUUCUUAAAGGCAAGAGAGAGAAGCAUUCAACUUCACCUGGACUUCUGUGAGGCAGAGAAGAGAGCCGAAGGACCUUUCGUGGGAUGAACUUAAUUCCCCAAAUGUGAGAUAGAAAACCAGCAUGGCAGAUGAACGUGGUGAGUACUUAAUACCAGGUUCCUAUGGUUAUAUAGUACUUAAUACCAUCUUCAUAUGGUUAUAUAGUACUUAAUACCAGCUUCAUAUGGUUAUAUAGUACUUAAUACCAGCUUCAUAUGGUUAUAUAGUACUUAAUACCAGCUUCAUAUGGUUAUAUAGUACUUAAUACCAGCUUCAUAUGGUUAUAUAGUACUUAAUACCAGCUUCAUAUGGUUAUAUAGUACUUAAUACCAGCUUCAUAUGGUUAUAUAGUACUUAAUACCAGCUUCAUAUGGUUAUAUAGUACUUAAUACCAGCUUCAUAUGGUUAUAUAGUACUUAAUACCAGCUUCAUAUGGUUAUAUAGUACUUAAUACCAUCUUCAUAUGGUUAUAUAGUACUUAAUACCAGCUUCAUAUGGUUAUAUAGUACUUAAUACCAGCUUCAUAUGGUUAUAUAGUACUUAAUACCAGCUUCAUAUGGUUAUAUAGUACUUAAUACCAGCUUUACAACGUAGGUGUUAUAUGAAGUGAUUUGAGAAAACUUUUUGAAAAGUUACAAUAAAUAAGAAAAACUGUUAUACAAUUAUACAUGUAUUGUUUUAUGUCUACUACAGUUCCUCUACUAAAGGGGGCAGAGACAUCAGGCUUCGAUGGAUUCUGCCUACGUGAAAGAUCCACACCCAUAGGUGUUUCAUCACCCUACCCUGUUGAGAAUGACAGCCCUGCAGUUUGUAUUUCCACUGAUUCAGAGCAGCCAGCUGAUCUGAGGAUAGUUCUGGUGGGGAAGACUGGAGCAGGGAAGAGUGCAACAGGAAACACCAUCCUGUGGAAAGAUGCCUUUACAGAAGAGGCCUCUCUUGUGUCUGUAACUGCACAGUGUGAGAAACAGAGUGGAGUGGUGGAUGGGAGGAAGAUUGAUGUCAUCGACACCCCGGGACUCUAUGACACAGCCAUGUCUCAAGAAGAGAUGAAAAGUGAAAUAGUCAGAUGUAUAGAAAUGUCAGUCCCAGGACCCCACGCCUUCCUGCUGGUGAUCAGACUGGGGAGGUUCACAGAGGAGGAGAGGAACACUGUGAAGUGGAUCCAGGACAACUUUGGAGAAGAAGCCUUAAAGUACACUAUCAUUCUGUUCACUGGUAAAGAUCAACUGAAGGGGAAAGCAGUUGAGGAAUGUCUGAAUCCUUGUGUUUCAAUUCAGGAACUGAUCAAAAGUUGUUGGGGAAGAUACCAUUGCUUCAAUAAUGGUCAGAGGGAUGACCGUCUUCACGUCAAUGAGCUGCUGAGGAAGAUGGUGGAGAUGGUGAAGAUGAAUGGAGGAGAGCACUACACCAAUGAGAUGUACCAGGAGGCCCAGAGGAAGAUCGAAGAGGAGGAAGAGAGGAAGAGACAGGAGAUGGAGGAAGAGAGGAGGAGAAGAGAGGAUGCGAUACGGGAGCAAGAAAGGAGGAGACGGGAGGAAAAAAGGAGACAAAGAGCAACAAGAGAACAUUUUGCGAUAGGUUUAACUUCAGCAGCAGCUGUUGGGGCAGCAGUAGCUGGGACUACAGUACUUGCUGUCGUCCCAGUAGUGGCUGUGGUAGCAGCACCAAUUCUGUUGGUUGGGGCAGCUGGUUUUGGUAUAGAAGCUUUUGUCAUUUGGAUAAAUAAGAUAAGACGGUAAAUUAAGAUGGAAAUGAGCUGCAAUACUUUCAAUAUUAAUGUUAAACAUGGUCCUUGAUGAAUUUAUAAACACAUUAGGUGAUAAAUAAUAACAUGUAUACUUGGAGGUGAUUAUGAAUAAAAAAAUCAGAUCAACCUUUUUGAGGUCAUUUAAUUAAUCUAUUUGUGAUUCAAAAAGGGUUAAAGAGGUGAACUUCUAAUGUAAAUGGAUAUGUGGACAUUUUGUUAGACAAUUGUGUUUUUAAUCAUCUAUGAUUUUUUUAUAUACAUAUAUCUACUCGGCUGAGGAAACAUUAAAUGUAUUUUACAUUUGUCAAAUAAAAUCAUUUAAUUAAUUCAAUCUUCA